AUGGCUCGGUCAUGUGUUACGCAUACCGAAACACCGUCUACCGAAACGGACGUCGUUCUCCGUGCCUCCUUCAGGAUGACGCAACCCGCGAGGUGGACAGCACAUGUCUUGGCAGAAAGGCGUGAAAGAGAUCACGAAGAGUUUAGGUGUUAUAUUUCGAAUAAGUUUAGCAACUGUUUUUCACUGGUGGCCGAAUGGCUCAGUGUUCACACUACCAUCCGCAAAGUCAUCAUCAUCAGCAUUGUCAGCUGUAAUAACCGCGUACUCGUCGUACGGUGGUUGAAGCUGCCACAGUUUCGUUCACCGAUGAUUUGGGGGUGGGGUAGGUAG